AAUGGACAGAAAGCAUGUGACAAUGUGAAGUAACAGUAACACAGAAUGGCUAGAGACCAUUAACUUGAGAACUGAAGAGAUGCAGGUCAUUGUUCUAUAUGGUGAUUGGUGGAACCAUGGUGCAGUUUUGAAUUUAUAAGGUGUGCAGUUACAGAAAAGCAGAAUAGCUACAGACCAUGAAAUUUAGAAAAUGAAGAGAUGCAUGUCUCUGUACAGCAUGGUGUAUAUGGGAAACAUUGUGGGUCAAGGACAUGAAAUGAUUUAUGUGAAGUAACAGUAAAGCAGAAUGGCUACAGACAAUUAGUUCAGAAUUGAAGAAGAGAUGCAGGUCUUUGUUCUGUAAUUAUGGUGUAUGAGGGAACCAUGGUGGAAAUUUGGAUUUCAUGGCAGUCAUGGAAAUAUCUUAUAAGUCUGUAGGACAGUUAUAUGUGUACCAGUCUGUCAGACUAUUAUGUGUGUGUCCAGUUGAAAAAUUCGCAGUGGAUGCUUAGUUUUUCACAAAAUUUGGCAGAAUUUUCACACAAGACAGAUUGCAAAAGACUUUAGUACCCAAAAUCCUGAAAUGAGAGCGCUUGAACAAGGUGAAGUUUGUCGCAUAGAAGGGGAUUGACCGCCUUUGUGUAUAUAAGUCUACAACUUCUCAGAUUUGACUGAAGACAAUUGUUUGGUGUUGUGAAUAGAUGUGGUUCGGCCGGUGGCUUUCCAAUCACACAGAAGAUACUGGUUGGAUCACGAGAAGGGUCACUUCAAUUGAUAUUAGUCACCGCAAAAAUUAGGAGAACCACUUGUUGAUAUUUUAUUUAAGAGAAAUAUAUGAAGUAGAGCUUUGCAGUUUUCCAUAAACACACAAAGAAGUUCACAUUCUUUGCACAGAUUUGUGACUCACAUAUAUGGCCUUGAAGGAAUUGUUACAACAAAAGUGUAAAAAAGGAUAUGGUGGAAUUGCAAUUCCUGGUGCUGUUUUUGGUGUGUUGAUGGGAGGUUUUCUAUUAAAAAGGUUUCAGGUGGGACCUAAAGGUGCAAUCCAGUUGACAAUCUUGUUAGAUCUUUUAGCACUCAUUGGAUGUGGAUUUUUCUUUUUCCUGGGGUGCGAAAAUCUCAAAAUUGCUGGCGCCACAUUCCCAUACUUUAACAGUUCUGGUUGCAAUUUAGUGGAAGAUUAUGAAUUUGAAGCAAAUUUGACGUCCACAUGUAACAUGUAUUGCGAUUGUUCAAACAAUGACCUUGAACCUAUCUGUGGUAUAAAUGGAUUGACCUACUUCUCACCAUGUCAUGCUGGAUGCACACAGUUUAACACCAAUGAAGUUGCUCCUGAUGAAAAAAUUAUGAACUUCACCGGUUGUUCCUGUAUCCUUGGUGAUCAUCUAGCAUCAGAAGUGAUCAUGUCUCCAAUGGCAACCAGUGGUCCAUGCAAAUCCACUUGUAAAAACCUUCUACCAUUCCUCAUCCUACUUGUGUUCAUGACAUUUUGUGUGGCUGGUACACAAAUGCCUAUAUUAAUGGUAACCCUCAGGUCAGUUAGAGAGGUGGAGAGAUGUUUUGCCCUGGGUAUGCAGUUUGUGAUAUUAAGACUUUUUGCUUAUAUUCCUGCCCCAAUGGUGUUCGGACAUAUCAUUGAUACAGCAUGUUUAUUAUGGAGAGAGAAAUGUGGUGGAAAUGGCUCCUGUUUGUUAUAUAACAUUGAAAUGUUCAGACACAGAUAUGUAGGUACAUCUGCAGUGCUGAAGUUGGUUGGAGGCGCCUUAUUUAGUAUUGUAUGGAUUUUGAUUCGUCGCAAGAAUAGAAGAGAAAAAGACAAACAUAACAAAGGUCUAAGUGUUGGUGAAAUGAUGAACUCAGUGGUAUCCAUAAACAAACUGGAUCUGACCAGUAAGCCAGUUUCUAAAUGCAAGGGAAGUCACUCUGCCAGCAGUGAUCAAGCGUCUGAUGACUCAGAUGCAGAAGAAGUAGAGUGCAGACUUCCACAUAACACAGAUUUGGAACCAGACGACUUUGACUUUGAUGGAAGAACAGGUGUCUCAGAGGAUGCUAGUCAGUUAAAGAGAGACAAAACCAGGGAAUCUAAACUGUGAAUUUGUAGAAUUUGUCCAGGCUGGGUUUUGUUCCAGAAAAAAUAUUCAAGAAUAAUUUUAAUGUUUUGCAAUAGUUAAUAAAAUUAGAAGUUUAUUUCAUAUAAAUUUGUAAGAAGGAUAUUUGAAACUUUUUGGGAAGAUAAAAUGAAGAAAUGAAGAAAAAAAACUUCCAGUAGAGAAAAAGUAAAUAGAUGUUAGUCUACCAGAUUUGUCAUUUUGAAAUAUUUGAAUUUGUAUUUUCAAAAACCAGAGUUGUACCACAAAAAUCAUUUACUUUGAAAAAUGUUAUUUUGUGUUUUAGCCCAAAUCUAUAUGGAAAUGUCCAAAUGAACAUGUGAUGUAGAUUUUUGUAUUUGUUUUGCCUGAAAACUUGUGAUGUCUCUUUUAUAGUGUAUAUAAAGAUACUUAUAUAUGAUAUUGUGUGAUACAUAAUAUAUAUGAAACUCAUUUGCCACUCACAGUUCUUGUAGUUAUUAGGUUUAGUUCUGUGUUAUACAAGAACAGAACAGAACUGUUCUAUUCUGUUCUGUUCUUGUUGAAUUAUCUUUGUUUAUUAUAAUGUUUUAUGUUCUAGUUACCUGUUUGAUACUCUGUGUAUUUACCCAACAGGCUUAUGGAAGGCCCGUGGUUCUACCCAGGUGUUUGUCCAAAUAGCUUGUUGAAAGGAUGCAGUUUUACCCAGAUGCUUGCCAGAGAGUGAAAUAAUUUCAAUGAGGGUCUUUCACUUUAUUUAAAGCUGAACAUUUGCCGUAUUACUAAACUGUGUCAAUGUUAUUUGAAAUGAUACAAAACAAUAAUUAUAAUGUCACUCAAUAUUUAGGCAUCUAUCUUUAAAACAAUUUUUAAAGUGCAAAAAACCCUAUUUUAACAGUAUUUAGGGCCUAGUAUAUUUGAUAGUUGCCACGUAACAGUAAAUAGGCAACAUAAACUCCAUUAAGUGACGGAAUCGCAGUCAGAAUGUUAAUUUAAGGCUUAAAGAAAUUAGUCAGCUCAGAAGUUGAUGUAAUUCUGUAAGUUGUAGUUAUAAAAGUUCCUUUGAAAUUCCUGCAGGAAAUGGUUUAUAUUUGGCUAAACAUAGUUUUGAGUUGCUUUUUUUAAAUUUUAACAACAUUUUAGUUAGAGUAUUAGGUUAUUUUUAUAGAGUUUUUUCAUUUCUUUUUUUUUUUUUAUAGUUUUUCCUCUCUAAAUCCAUUUCAUGAUAUUAAUUAAUCCAUAUCCAUUCAAAUCCUUCCAAAUAUAAUAAAAGGACCACUUUGCUUUACUUAGAUUUGUAAACUGUACAUGUGUACAUACAAGAUAUAUAUUGUCCUUUUUAAACCAAUAUGCUGUUGAAAUUUUGUGUGAUAAUUUUCUAUAAUAUUAUGUUACCUGUUCAUAUUGUCCCCUCAUUUGUUUUCAUUUGUGGAAAAUAUGCUCGAUGCUAACCUUCCUAAAUGUAGCAUUAUGUCAGGCUUGUAAAUAUAGUGGUCUGAUGCCUAUAUUGGAAGAAAAUUGUGUUCUAAUGCCUUUACAGAUGCAAUAUAGUGUUCUGAUGGCUGUGUACGUACAAUUUAGUGUAUCAAUGCUGGUAUAGAUACAAUAUGAUGCUAACCUUCCUAAAUGUAGCUUAACCUACGGCAAUGUAUAACACAAAUGCGAUAAUGUCUGAUUAUUCUUUGCAUUAUGUCAGACUGGUAAAUAUAGGGUUCUGAUGCCUAAAUUGGAACUAAAUAAUGUUCUAAUGCCUGUAUAUUAUUGUGUUCUGAUGGCUAUGUAGGUACAAUUUAGUGUACCAAUGCCAGUACAAUAUAGUGUUCUCUUUCCUGUAUAGAUAAAAUAUAGUGUUCUAAUGCCAUAUACAACAUACAUACAUUGUCUUAAAUGACAAAGAAAGCUCUCUCUUUUUCAGCUACCUCAUAGCCAUCAUUGUGCGGCUUAUAGUUAGGAUUUUGUUAAUUAAAUACAAGAACUUCUUUCUGUACAAAAUUUAUCAACAUUUGGGAAGAUGAGUAUUGGGGCAUAUUGGCAUACAAUUGAAAAUAUUUGCUUCAUGUUUUAUAAGAUAAUCCCACCAUCACAUUUUAAUUAUGAUAUUCAUAUAUUCAAAAACCGCAUAUCAUUUAGAAUCCUUGUACCCUUAUUUCCAAGGGUAAGUGUGUACAUGAAUGAUAUUUUGUAAAGUAAGGAGAAAUUAUUAUACAAUCUGAAGGAGAAACAGAGCUAAAGUGUGAAAUAUUUCAUGAGAGAUUUAUAUAUGUAUAUGACUAAAAUUUAAGACUUUGAGCCAUGCCAUGAGAAAACCAACAUUUUGGGUUUGCGACCAACAUGGAUCCUGAUCAGCCUGCGCAAUUUGCGCAGUCUGGUCAGGAUCUAUGCUGUUCGCUUUUGAAGCCUAUAGCAAUUAGAGAAACCAUUAGCGACCAGCAUGGAUCCUGACCAGACUGCGCAGAUGCGCAGGCUUGUCUGAAUCUAUGCUGGUUGCAAUCCCACCAUGUUGGUUUUCUCAUGACAUGGUUCAUAUACAGAAUAGAAAUUAGUUUGAUAUACUGAGUUGCAUUGCUUGAAGAACUUUUUCAGGGAAAAAGAUUUUCUACCUUGCAUCAGUAUGACAUUAAAAACUGCUGUUUUUGUCAUUUUCAAUGAGUGUUUUGACAGUAGGGAAAAGGCUAAACAGGUAAUUAAAUGUCCUGGUUGCAUGGUAAAACACAUACAUAUUUCUAUCCCUUACAACACAUAAUAUUAUUGAAACAAGUUUGAGAGGAAAUGAGUACUUAAGAACAAAAUAUUCAUUUUAUUUAACUUUAUAUAGAAUAGCAUUAAGGCGUGUCAGUUUUUUGUUCCAACAUCUGCAGAAAUCAUGGGGAUAGGUUGUUGCCAUCACUGUAUAAGUGGCUCUGACACCAGCCAAUCUCUGUGGAUUGUGCAGAGGUCAUGGGGAUAGGUUGUUGCCAUCACUGUAUAAGUGGCUCUGACACCAGCCAAUCUCUGUGGAUUGUGCAGAGGUAGGAACAGGAUGUACAGGCUUUAUUGCUACAAUUGCCAAUGUCUAAAUUCAUGCCUCGACUAUGAUUUAAUCUUUAGGGAUAUGAAUAUUUGUUUUCAUUAGAAAUGACAUUAUUUAGAAAAUUGUCAAGGUUAUUUUUUCUCUCAUUAAAAAAAAUAUCCAUGAACUUAAAGCGACUGGCCUCCAGAUCUACAACAACAAAAAAAUAAUAUAUUUAGAUAUCUUGAAGUAAAUGCUAAAGGCUUUAAAACUUAAUUACUGCAUGACAAAUUUUAUGUUACAGAACACACAUGAGAAUCUGCUGUUUUUACUACUUUUUACGAUGAAAAUCACAUCUCAAUUGUAAAUAUAUAUAUUUUGAAGUCAUUACUUCAGCUAUAUUGCUAUUUGUUAGGACGAUAGGAAAAUGUCUUUAUUGCCAUGGCAGUCAGGGGUUCGAUUCCUGACACGGUCAUCUUUUUUUCUUGAUUUGGAAUUUUUAAAAUAUUUUAGAAACAAAAAUUCAUAUUCUAAUGUUUAUAAUAUGACCAAACUUAAGUUUGAAAGAAACUUUUUAGCCAAAUCUGGAGGUCAAUGCCUUUUACAAAUACUAAAGCAAAGAAAUAAUACAAGAUUUUAUAUGGUGUUCAUGUUAGAAUUCUAGCUUAUGAAAAGUUGGUAGCCUGGUGCCUGCCUGUAAUGAAAUAAUGUGUGGAGGGGCAUCUGGGGUCCAAGCUGGAAAGUCACCAUAUGACCUAUAAUUGUGUUGAUGUGACAUUAAACCCAACAGAAACAAAAACAAGAUUAAAUCUGUUAUUUGAAAGAUCUAAAAAUAAAUUUAGCUUAAACUGUCUCUCAUCUAUUUAGCAAUUGUUAAACAAGUUCAGGUAGAAGAUUACAUUGUUACAUCAGAAAUGAGUUUGUGUUUUUUACAGUUCAGAUAUAACAAUUACAAAUCAAAAUUAGGCUUUUAUAAAUUUAUUCCUUCAUGUUUGUAUAUUAUGUAUCUUGAAAAACGAUGUACAUCGUUUGUUUUUCUUUCUUUUUUUAUACCUUUCAAGAGCAAAAAUGUACUCCCCAGAAACCAACCAAAAACACCAGCAAACAGAUCUCUAAAGAAAAAAACCUGUUCACAGUAAGAUAUGAAAAUGAAUGAUCAUGGUCUGCACUGUUUGCCAUUCAGUCAGUAUCUUUUUAGUAAGCAUCCUUUUUAACAGUUAAUGGUACUGCCCAAAUUAAAAGAUGGACAAGUUCAUUAUAGAAAUUUAACAGGGUAAGGGUUAAUAUGACUGUGUUGAGUGGAGUUAUCUAAACUGAAUGUUGUUGAGAAAUUAAUCAAGGCAGUAUUAGUUUGAAUUGCAGAAGAGAAAUGCAGUAAUUGGCUAUUGAAAGACAUAUACCAAUUUUAAUUGCUAUUUCUUGCCAUAGUUAAUUUGUAUAUAUAUGUAUUUAUGUUAUAAGGCAUUUUUGAUUUAUUAGUAUUGUUAAAUCCAUUAUCAAAACAUUUUAAAUACAGGUAAUAUUGUUGAAAGAUAUUCAUUUACCCCAAAUCAAUGCAAUUUAUUAAGUUUUUUUAUGGAAAAUUAUCAUAUUUAAACCUGUUUUGUUAACCAGAAUUUAUAAAUGUGAUAUAGAUAAUAUAGAUAAAAUUUAUACCGAUACCCAGUUGUAUAUAAAUUGUUUUCACACAUUUUUGUUUCAUUUUAUUAUUUGAUCUGUGGCAUGAGAAAACCAGUAUAGUACAUUGGCGCAGUCUGGUCAGGAUCCAUGCUGUUUGCUUUCAAAUCCGUGCAGGCUGGUCUGGAUCCGUGCUGGUCGCUUUCAAAGCCGUGCAGGCUGGUCAGGAUCCAUGCUGUUUGCUUUCAAAUCCGUGCAGGCUGGUCUGGAUCCGUGCUGGUCGCUUUCAAAGCCGUGCAGGCUGGUCUGGAUCCAUGCUUGUAGCAAAGGCACUAUGUUGGUUUUCUCAUGGCGUGGCUCAUUUAUUAUAUAUCAUUUGUCAUGCAUACGCAACUGUUAUUUAACUCAGUUCAGCUGUUUAAAUGAACAAUCAAAUUUUGAUAUUCUGUGGAAACAUGGCUUUAUAGAGCAGUCUUUAGUUAAGAUGACUACGUAAGUGCUGUUGCAUAAAAUGAGCUGCACGGGCGAGAUGUAAAGGUUUUAAACAUUAUUCUAACACGACCAGCAAAUAACCUACAUACAUGUAGAGCAAAAUCUAUCUCGUGUUAUUCUGCAAUAUACCACUCGCGUGCAAUGACGUCAUCCGAUCCAGGAGUGUAGCGCUGUCGUAAAAAGUAGUUAACACUUUUUUCUAAAACUAUUGAUACUAAUAUGUCAUGUUAGAAUUGAAAUAAUAAGUUCCCAAGUGUGAUUUAUCAUAGAAUAACCCGAGUUUUUCGUUCUUAUGCGAAACAAUAUAUCACUCAGGCCUACGGCCUUCGUGAUAUAUUUUUGCGCAUAAGAACUCAAAACUAAAUCAUGGAAUUUUAUUAGUUUGAAUUGGAAAUAAAUUGGUGUCUUUAUCAUUUGCAAAAGUUUUAAGAUGUCAUCUGAAGAGCGCAUAGAUUUUAGAAUAGGUAGGUCAUAUUUAAGUUUUAUCACUGUUUGAAGCAAACAUUUAACAGUCUAACAGAAAACAGUAUGUCUAAAGUGGCCUCUGUGGCUGAGUGGUUAAGGUCGCUGGCUUCGAUUCACUUGCCACUCAAGCUGUGGGUUUGAAACCUUGCUUGGAGUGUAGUGUGCUUUCAUGUGAGGAAGGCAUCCAGCUGGCCUUGCGGAAGGUCAGUGGUCGUACCCAAGUACCCACCGGAGCCAGAAAUAAUGUUCAGAUGAGCACUUUGGAACUUCCUCCACCACCAUGAAAAGCUGUAAAGUUGCCAUAUUUUUUAUUUUUGAGGGGGAAGUUGUUAGUAAGUAGCAUACUGUUCAGCGGUACUGGUACAGAAUCCAGGAACUGUAUAUAUGGCAGCAUUAACAUCUUGAAUACUGUUGAAAAACUUUUAAAUGCACAAUCAUCAAAUCACUCAGUAGGUUUAAGGAAAUAACAUGUGUUAAAUGUUUGGAGGCCUCCAUACUUAAUUUUCUUAGGCCUAAGUAAUAUACCUGUAUUCCAUUUUUGAUUUUGUAUUUUCUUUUAUGUACCAGUUUGAAGCCUAGUUUUCGUUGUGUUUGUUUUUUGAAAUCAUUGUUGUAUAAAUUGAUUCAUAUAUUGUUCUAGUCUAAUACAUUUUUGUGUGCUGAAUCAUUUUUUUCUUAUUCAUUGUUUUUGUACAUUUUAGAUACAUGUAUCUUGCCAUUUGUUAUAGAACUCAUUUUGUUUUACCGCGUAUGUCAUUCACUGACAUUACUUCGAAAGUUGUUGAAAUUACUGCAUUUGCAGAGUAUUAAUUUAAAAGGGAAGUAAUAAAAGUGUUUUUGUUGAGUAUUAAAGGGAAAUAAUAAGUGUUUUUGUUGAGUAUUAAAGGGAGAUUAUAUAAUGUUGACUAUUAAAGGAAUUUUGCAGUUUUCUGACUUGGAAUUUUAAAUAUCGUUCUGAAACAAUUUUUCAAAGAAGACUUUUCCAGGUGGUCUUUGCCUGUUAAUUCAAAGAAUACCAUAUUUUGGCUUUGAUAAGAUAAAUGCUAAUUGGCCAAGUGAGUUUAUAUAAAAUACCUUUUAUAUGUAAUUGUACCAGCUUCUUAAGUUUAUAUAAAAUACCUUUUAUAUGUAAUUGUACCAGCUUCUUAAGUUUAUAUAAAAUACCUUUUAUAUGUAAUUGUACCGGCUUCUUAAGUUCGUAUGUCUUUGAACCUGUUGAUUGUGUAAAUCAGUUCAUUCACAUGAGUGGAAAAAUACUUGCUUGUGUGUGUGUAUGUUUAUAUGCCUUUGCAUAUUUCUGUAUUUAGCUCUAAUGUUUUCUAUUGAUUAUGCUUGCGUCAAAAACAUAUUUAAAGCAUUAACCCAAAAUCUUUCACUAAUAGUAAAACAUGUAUCUGACCUCACACAUGUAUGUAAACUAGAAGUUGUGUGAUAUAUGUCCGAAUAGAUUGGUUGUUAAAAAGCGGAUCUCAUAAUCAUUGAGCAGAAAUAUAACAGAACUAGAUAGAUUUUUUUUUGCAAGUCUUAGCUUAAAUUAUUCCACACACCAUUAAAAAAUGGAGGGCAUGUAGCGUUACCCUUGUCCAUAUGUCUGUCUGUGUACAUCCUGUCUGACUUAGAACUUUGCCAUGCUUGGUUAGAUUCCAAAAUAACUUUGUUCAGUUGUCGACACGAACUAGACAGUGUGUCAGGUGCAGAACUGAGAUCCUUAACUCUACGUUCAAGGUAACUUUUAGAGGUCAAAGGUUUAAACUGGUUUCUGUGUUCUGACUACAUUUCGCUUUAUAUUUCUAAGAACCAUACUCUGAUUUGCAUAUUUACUGUGUACUAGGUUCACAAACCAUUUUCCUGUUAAAUUGUAUAGUUUUGUUAACAGAAAAAGCUGGUAGAUAAAACUGUAAAUCAGGCAUAUACUGGCCUAAUGAUCACAUUGGAAGAGCACAAGACAAUGUUAAAAGUCUCAAUUUUAAUUCUCCGGACGUUAGGCUAAUGUUCUCAAUGAUGCUAUGAUGGGAGACAAUUUGUCUGAAUUCGUUCUCCACUGCUUACAUUUAUAUGGACAUUGUCAGUUACAUGUGAAGAACACGUCGUCCCAGGCAUUAGGUCCAGAAACCUAGUUAAGUAAACUGCUCAAUGCUAAAAGCUUAACUACUUUAGAAAAAAAUCACUAAAAAAAUAUUUGCAUAAAUCCCCUCUAAAAACAACACCAUUUGCUCAGAUGAAGUUUAAAACAAACUCAUUUCACAUGAAAUAACUGUCUUAGUAGGGGCUGUUCAAACAUUCUUUCCAUGUAAGUUACAUAGAGUCUUCAGCUGGUGAUUGAAUUGAAUUUCUCUGAUGAUCAUUGUUUACCGAGAGAGAAGUUUCAGACAAUGUUAGAGGGGCAUUGCACUAUCUGAAAAAGGUUACAAAGACAUUACAUUAUCAGACAAGGUUACAAAGGCAUUACAUUAUCAGAAAAGGUUACAAAGGCAUUACAUUAUCAGACAAGGUUACAAAGGCAUUACAUUAUCAGACAAUGUUACAAAGGCAUUACAUUAUCAGACAAGAUUACAAAGGCAUUACAUUAUCAGACAAGGUUACAAAGGCAUUACAUUAUCAGACAAGGUUACAAAGGCAUUACAUUAUCUGAAAAGGUUACAAAAGGAAUUACAUUAUCAACAAUGUUACGAAGGCAUUACAUUAUCUGAAAAGGUUACAAAGGCAUGACAUUAUCAGACAAGAUUACAAAGGCAUUACAUUAUCAGACAUGGUUACGAAGGCAUUACAUUAUCAGACAAUGUUACAAAGGCAUUACAUUAUCAGACAAGGUUACAAAGGCAUUACAUUAUCUGAGAAGAUUACAAAGGCAUUACAUUAUCAGACAUGAUUACAAAAGCAUUACAUUAACAGACAAGGUAUCAAAGGCAUUACAUUAUCAGACAAGGUUACAAAGGCAUUACAUUAUCUGAAAAGGUUACAAAGGCAUUACAUUAUCAGAUAAGGUUACAAAGGCAUUACAUUAUCAUACAAGCAAGGUUACAAAGGCAUUACAUUAUUAGACAUGCAAGGUUACAAAGGCAUUACAUUAUCAGACAAGGUUACAAAGGCAUUACAUUAUCAGAUAAUGUUACAAAGGCAUUACAUUAGUGAUGAUAGACUGAAGACAAUUUGCUUAAUGUAAUUCAUCUCAUACAGCUAAUUCAUGAGUGGAAGCUGUCAGUUCUGUAGUGGAGAACAGGCUUAAAGGUGGAAAAUUCCAAUAAACUCUCUACUGGUCCAAAUAAGAGACUGAAAUUUGUUUUUUUAAGCAGUUGACAAAAUGGACUGUCCUUGCAAAUUGUAGCUUGAUUUGUAACUUAUUCAAAGUGUGACCUUAAAGGCAUUACACUUAAAAAAGUGUGUUUUUUUUUCUCACAAAUGCAGGCAGGACAGUAUACGUUGCAGAUUAAAUGGAUCCUUGCUAUUUUUGAUACAUUUAUGAACAAAAAUGUAUGUGGCAUUUAAAUAGAUUUUUGUUGUAGCUGUAUUUUGUGGAUGAUGUUGAAAAAGAGAAAAUAUUGUAAAAACUGCAGUGGCAAUCUGAAUUGUAGUCCGAAAAAAAUGUUGCAUAUAACUCCUACUUGACAAAUUCCUGCUUAAGGCAGACAAAAUCUCUCUAUUAAAAUUCCUUUUAAAUACAUUCUCAUCCAUUAGGGAUUCAUCAAAUUCCUGAGACAAACAAGGGAACCAUGGUACUUGGAUUCAUCAAAUUCCUGAGACAAACAAGGGAACCAUGGUACUUGGAUUCAUCAAAUUCCUGAGACAAACAAGGGAACCAUGGUACUUGGAUUCAUCAAAUUCCUGAGACAAACAAGGGAACCAUGGUACUUGGAUUCAUCAAAUUCCUGAGACAAACAAGGGAACCAUGGUACUUGGAUUCAUCAAAUUCCUGAGACAAACAAGGGAACCAUGGUACAUAUGUGUGUGCAAAAAAAUGUUAAAGAAAAAGACUUUUAAGAUUUAAAAGAAUAUCAGUGUAAACUGAGAAAAAAACAACAUUUUUUAAGGCAGAAUGAUAGAUCAGCUUUAAACUUGAUUGUUUGAAAAAAAAUUAGUGGAGUGGGAAUUUGUCUGCCUUGGCCAAAUUGAAAAGGGUUUGAAAGAGGUUUUCUCCAUAUUCUAUUCUAGUAGGAAAUAAUUUCUUUUAUCACUCAUUUGCCUAUAUUGACAUAAUUUUUGGUGUUAUUUUAAGAUUUAAACCACUGUCAGCAGCUUUUUAUGCCCCCGAAGGGAGGCAUAUAGUUUUUGAACCGUCUGUCCGCAAUUUUCGUGUCCGGUCCAUAUCUUUGUCAUCCAUGGUUGGAUUUUCAAGUAACUACACAUAAAUAUGUGGCACAGUAAGACGACGUGUCGCGCGCAAGACCCAGGUCUGUAGCUCAAAGGUCAAGGUCACACUUAGACGUUAAAGGUCAUACUUCAUGAUAGUGCAUUGAUGGGCGUGUCCGGUCCAUAUCUUUGUCAUUCAGGCAUGGAUUUUAAAAUUAUUGGGCAUGAAUGUGUACCACAGUAAGACGACGUGUCGCGCGCAAGACCCAGGUCCGUAGCUCAGAAGUCAAGGUCACACUUAGACGUUAAAGGUCAUGUUUCAUGAUAGUGCAAUGAUGGGCAUGUCCGGUCCAUAUCUUUGUCAUUCAUGCAUGGAUUUUAAAAUAACUACGCAUGAAUGUGUGGCACAGUAAGACGACGUGUCGCGCGCAAGACCCAGGUCCGUAGGUCAAAGGUCCUAAACUCUAACAUCGGCCAUAACUAUUCAUUCAAAGUGCCAUCGGGGGCAUGUGUCAUCCUAUGGAGACAGCUCUUGUUAAAUAAGAUGUUUUUCUUUCAAAAGCUCUCCCAAAAUUUUCUGUCUCAAAAUUUCUGAAUUUGUAAGGUCUUUGGUUCAAUCGGUAUUACUUUAAUACAGCAAGUACUGACAGAAUUUACAGACUGACAUUUGUUUGCUAAGGAUCUUUUCUUGCCAUUGUUGAAUUAUCACAAAUGUAAAUAUAUUCCCAGCAUUGUUGUCAAUGAAUUGAAAUAAGUAUUGUGCUAUUUAAUUGACCUGUCAAAACAUAGGCUCAAACAGAAUAUAAUAAAAGCUGGGUCCAUUUUUUGACAGGUCAAAUAAAUUGGACAAUAUAUUAAUAUUGGUAUUUCUAGUCAGCCUUAGAAGAAAAAAAUAUAUAUAUUUUCCCUGCCAAUAUGAGAAUAUACAAUUUGUUUGUAAUGUAUUGUUAAAGUACUUAGAAAUUGGAUAGUAAAUUUACCCAUUGAUUUGAGAAAUAUGAAAGUACAUUCUAUGUUGAUUUGAGAAAUAUGAAAGUACAUUCUAUGUUGAUUUAAAAUGUGAUGCAAGUUGUUACUUGUUGAAUCAAAAUAAACACCAAAAAGACA